AUGGUGGGCACGAUUGGUGGUGACCGGGUCGCACCAAAACUAGAGGAUCCGCUAGAGGCUGCUAUUGUUCAAUUUCCUGAACAACCAAAGAAGAUAACAUUCGACAAAUUGCUGGAACAAAACCUUGGCAACUUUGGAAGAUAUCAGCUUCUUCAAUUCAUCUUACUAUGUCUACCCACCAUAUUUGUGGCCAUGCAUGUCAUGAGCUGGGCUUUCGUUGCCGUUCCACCACCCCUUUCAUGUGCUAACACUACAUUUACGAUGAACUGCACAAUUGACGACAGCGUACACUCAGCCGUCGGAAGAGUGAGCGCUUUCUAUUCCGAGGCUUGA